ACAAGGAAUUGUCGAGACCGACGAGAUUAAAGUAAUCCUGCAAGAUGUAUUGGAAACUGUUUGUGUCAUUACUUCCGCACCUGCUUAUUUGUAACACCUUGGCUAGACCUAUCAUUUACGAGGCUGUCGAGGACGAUGUCGCCGCCGUUGGCUCAUUUAUUCGCGAGAUACGUCAACCGGCGCCGUUAAAAGUCGCUGCGGAAGUAGAGGAUUUAAUGAGCGUCGGCAACGCACCGAAAUCAGAUAUUAAAAAAAGCAUGAAAAACGCAUCUGGCAAAUCAGACGAGGGUGGUUACUACAGAACCUACGGAAGCGACGCGGAGGGCGAGAAGGGUUACUUGAAGGAAACCUACGGUAAAGGUGAUCAAGGCUACAAGACUCUUGACACCUUCCACAAACAAGACGGCGACAAAUACGAAUUUGAGACGCAAACCAGCUACGGCAAAGAUUUUGCUGACAAUAAAAGCGAGAAACAUCAAAAAGAGAAAAAGAAUCGUGACCACGAGAGUGCAGGUACUAUGGUCGAUACAGACUAUAUCGGUGGUGAGGGAGAUCAUGGUGAAGGAAGCGAAUACUCGCAUUAUACUGGAAGUGACGAUGGUGAUCACUAUAGUGAGCACUACACGGAUAAAGAGCCGGAAUCUUCACAUUAUGGUCAUAGCGAAAAUUAUUCCUCUGGAGGUGGUGACGAGGGAUCUUAUGAGUCACAUAGCUCUUAUAGUUCCGACGGAGAAGACGGAGAAGAUCAUUAUUAAUUAUCAGAGAGAUGUAUACUAAUUUUAUUAAAAAAAUAUUAUUUUUUAUUAUUUUAAUCAAAUUCUAGAAUUUUGUUUUGUUUAACCCUGCCCCAUUUUAUAUUUACGUAAAAAUACGCAUGUAUAGUUAUUGACAACAUAGCAUGCGUACAUUCAUGUGUAUGCACAAAUAAUUCAUUUUCAGAGAAUAUGAAAACAAUGCAUGCAUGCGCACGUGUUUUCUAUUAUAUUACAAGCGACUAUAGUGCGGAUGACAUAUACGUGUUUGUAUUAUAGAUAGUAAUAUAAAGAGAUAGUAGAUGUUAAUUAUGGUGUUUAUGAUAUAGUAAAAGUUAAUGUUUGAUAAUAAAUUUAUCACACAUCA